AUGAAGGCGGUACCGCAGUUUGAGAGUUCGAGCUCCGCGCUGGCCUCACCGAGUGUCAUGAAGACGCUGCUCAAGUCCGGGCGCAAUAAGGAGUACAACGUCACUGUGCCCUCCGCCACUAUGACCAUUCGGGAGAUUCAGGAUAAAAUCCCGGCGAAGUUCUUCGAACGUAACACUGCUCGCAGCCUGCUGUUUCUGCUACGCGAUCUUGUACAGGUGGCGGUGACGUACGCCCUCAUGUACGCCGUCGCUUUACCCCUCGCCACCUCGCUCGAGGCCGCGGCUGCCGCGUAUGCCGCCGGUGCAUUGAACGAUGCUGGAGCCUCGUCGUCAGUGGCGGCAACAGUUCUUGUCAGCGCGGCAUGGCUCUUCAAGGCUCUGCUGUGGGGUGUCUUUUGGUUUGUGCAGGGGCUUAACGGCACCGCCCUGUGGGUCCUCGCCCAUGAGUGUGGCCACCAGGCAUUCAGCCCGCUGAAGAGCCUGAACGACGCUGUAGGGAUGCUGCUGCACUCUGCGCUGCUCGUGCCGUACCAUAGCUGGCGCAUCACUCACGGCAUGCACCACAAACACACCAACCACCUCACGAAGGACCUUGUAUUUGUGCCAAUGACGCAGGACAGGGUUGUGGAGCUUGUGGAGGAGGCACCGCUGGUGACGCUUUUCAAUCUGCUGCUUAUGUUUUUCUUCGGCUGGCCGGCGCAUCUGCUGGCGAACGCCUCCGGGCAGGACUUUGGGCGAUUCACGAGCCACUUUGACCCCACCGCCCCCUUCUUCCGCGGCGAGGAUUACCAUGACGUGGUCGUCUCCGACCUCGGCGUCGCCACAGCGCUGUUGGUGAUGUUCUCCAGCGUCCACCACUUCGGCCUCGCCAACAUCUUCUGUUGGUAUCUGGCGCCGUACCUUUGGGUGAACUUCUGGCUGGUGUUCAUCACCUACCUACAGCACACCGACAUCCGCAUCCCGCACUACACGCACCAGCACUGGACGUUUGUCCGAGGCGCCCUGGCGGCGGUCGACAGGGACUACGGCGCCCUCCUCAACACGUGGCUGCACCACAUCAACGACUCUCACGUCGUGCAUCACCUCUUUAGCAGAAUACCACACUACAACGCGAUUCAGGUGACGCGGCGGCAUAUUCGCCACAUCCUGGGCGACGCGUACGUCACCGAUGCCCGGCCGCUGUGGAAGGCGCUCUGGAGCCCGGCGAGGGAAUGCCGCUACGUUGUCCCCGCUGACGGCAUUUGCGUCUUCUACCAGUGA